AUGCAGAAAGCCUCCAGGAGGUCGACUCCCCGGUCGCGAAUAUCCAAGGCUUGCGACCGUUGUCGUCGACAGAAGCUCAAGUGUGACUCAGUUCGUCCAUGUGUUCUAUGCACCCGUGCUGGCCACAUAUGCGAGACAACUACAGUAUCACGUCGUCGUGUUUCCGAAUACCAAACACCGGCCACUCCAGUGGCUUCCGCCGGAUCUGACACGCCGCAGGUCUUACCGCGCAGAGCGUCCGAGGACCACCAACAAUAUGCAACGGGCACUUCAGCGAUUGGUUUUGCCAGACAAGUUUAUAAUGAAGAGGAGACAGGCCGGACCUUGACUGAAGCUGCUGUGCCGGGUGAUGUCGGCAUGGCGGGUACUGAUAACUCCCUCUGGGGCCUCAAGGAGACAUCCAUGCCACCAAGGACUGUGAUGCUAGCAUUGAUCAAUGCCUACUUUGACCGAAUGCAGUGGUUUAUCUUGGUACUCCAUGAGCCGUCAUUCAGAGAAAUGGCCCAGCCAAUUAUCUCUCAACAUCAAUGGCAACGCCAGGAUCUUGGUGCAGUCAUGACUGUGCUUGCCGUCGCUGUCAUCAGCUUACAAUCUGUCCUGCCAGACGCAGAUUGGCCUGGUCAUAUCCUCCUGGCUAGGCAUUCGAUUGAUGCCCAGGAUUUGCUGAACAAAUUUCUGGCCGAGAUUCGUUCCCGUGUGCUUGACAUGUUGGAGGACCGCCGUAUCGAAGGAGUCCAAGUCUGUCUCUUACUCUGUUGCUAUUACAUGUUCCACAGCUCCCCAAACAUGGCGUGGACCACGUGUGGUAUGGCUUUCAGAGCUGCAUAUGCUCUGAACCUUCAAGAAACCAGUACAUUGUCACAAACUUCUGUCGCUAAUGAGACACGCUCUCGUUGUUGGAACCAGAUCAUCAUCUCGGAUACAUUCUGUUCCAUUCUCUAUGGACGUCCCGCUUCUCUGCCUUCUGCCAAUGUUCGUCACCUACAGCUCGUCGACGACCUGGCCAUUGAUCACUCGUUGCUAAAUGAUCUCUCGGUGGACAAUAGCGACGGACUAACGUCGCGCGCCCCAUUUCACGUCUUGAAGACAGAUGUGUAUGCGAUUGCUCGCGAAAUUCUCAUCCGAUUCCGUCGGCUUGACCUGACAUCUGGAAUAGACGAACAGGACUUGGAAGCUAUCAUUCGUAUUACCGAAGAGUCCAACGUACUUCUCACUGACUGGUGGAAGUCCGUCCCGAAACUGUAUGACUUCGAUUACUGGAAAGCAGACGGUCGAUGGGAAAUGAUUGAAGGCCAGCUGCAAAGGCUUCCCUCCGAAGCAAGGCAACAGGUGGAGACAAUAUAUCUACAGGCUGCUGUUCUCCAGUUGACGUACGACGGCAUGGUCAUCCAAGCAAAUAGACCACUGUUGGAGCGAAGAAUCAACAGGCUAACAUCUUCGCGGGCGAUCGUGGAUGCGAUGCAUAGGGCGCUUGACCGAGCCACUGCUGCUGCUCUCCGCAUAUCCCGUGUUCCAGUUCACAAGCUGAAAAAUCAUUUUGCUAUAGCAGUCGUAUCGAUGCAAGAGUUCACUGCUGGUGUGAUUCUCUGUAUACCUCCCACGGUGAAGCCUUUAACGGCCACCGCUCAUGAGGCGAAGGACGGGGUGGUAAGAAUAAUACGCGCCAGUCGAAGUCUCAAGAGCCACGAUCGAAUAGCAAGGCAAACUGAACAACUUCUGACGGAACUACUCAAAGUUACCACCCAACGCGAGAUAACGCACGCCUUGGCCGAUAAUCUCGACACCAAUUUCCCCUCCGAUACGCGGCUAACAGGCUCCGUUGUUGCCGGCGCCUCAAGUGACUCCUUGGGUGCAGGACGCUCCAGGCCAGUUCCCGGAUCCGCAGCGCAGGCAGUUGUAGAUCCUAUCCAAGGAGCCUGGGACUCAGAAUUCAAUGCCCUCCCUGCCGUAACGGGACCUUAUGAUUUCCUCCCUGCUCAAGCCUUUCAACAGCUGGACGAUACAUUUGGUGCCUUUGGAGAAUGUAAUAUCCCUUGA